AUGUAAUAAGAUGAUAAAAAAAUUGAUUUCAUUCCUGUCCCAAAAAAAAAUCAAAUUAUAGUUCCAUAUGAUUGCAAGAUGCAAAAAUACGAUCUCACAGAUAAUGAUAUCAAAAUACUGCUCAAGUAUUUCAAAGAGUAAUCACUAUACACCCUAUUAAAGAUUAGCAAUAUUGAAACAAAUGCGCAAGGAUCUCUCCCAAUCGAAGAGUUUGAACCCUUACAAAAGCUCUUUCAAAAAAGUUCUAAUCUAUUCUAUUAUUUUAGAUUGCCUUGAAAAUUCUAUUACAAUUCUUUAGUUUCUUGAUUCUUCUGCUCUUCAUCUAUUUGUGGAUUGGAUUGUUUAUUGUGGUUUUGGCAGAUCCCAUCAUUAUGACUCUCUAUAGUUAUUUGGUGCUGUACUUGGUUUGGUACAAGGGAAUAAGGCUUGGGAUUGAAAUGAUGUUGGACUAUGGAAAACUAAUGCCUUUAUAACAAUAUCUAAAAUCAAUGAAUAAGAAAUAUUUCGGUAGCAACGGAAUUCAAUGGCAUGUCGGAGGAGGAGGGAAAUGGAUACAAAUAGAUUACUUAAUAUACUUGAAAAAAUGA